UCCGUCGACACCUUCAGCCUGAGUGAAUGACAGUAGCGUGAACAUGCAUUGUUUUUUAAACGUCUGUGAGUAACUUAUUCAGUUACUCUAUCUUUGCACUGCUCUGGUCGGGUCGUCCAGGAGGAUGAUGGCGUCCCAGCGCACAGAUCAAGCCGUGCAGGAGUUCCUGAUGGAGAGAGGAGGGAGGGUCCAACAGAUGGAGCUGAUCGAUCAUUUCCUAUCAGCGUCGGGUCAAAAUGACCAGUCAGAGGAAGAGGUGGAUCGAGAGGUGCUGAAACGCAUCGUGGACGGCGUGGGGGUUGUGAAAGUGGAAGACGGUGUGACAUUUGUUUGUUUGAACCCUGAAGGCAGCGCGGAGUCUGUGAUGCGUGCGGACACAGGCGACCACGAUCACGCGGAGUGCAACGGGAAUAUCCGUGAGGCAUUGGACAACAACUAUGUCAACGGGAACCCUGACAACAGAGACCAAACAGGAGCAUCCACUUCAUUGGCUGCCAGCCUGGACAAUGACAAACAGUCAAAUGGCAAGGGGCUACAUGCAGCCCCCUCCCAGAAUAUUAAGACCAACACAUCGACUCCUACCUUUGGUGGAGGAGGGGAGGUGAAGCUGAGGGACAGGAGGAGGCGGGAGUCAGCUCCAGUCAUUGGGAUUGCAGAUCUGGACCCGGCUCACCAUGGGGGGUCCCACAGCCAGCAUGUGAGAGGGGCACGCAGGGUGUCCAGAGGGUCCACACGGGCCCUGCUGACCAGCUGCCUCUCUGAAGACAGCACCUUGGAAGGGCUGGACCCUGUUGGAGAUAUCAACACACCCAAGGGGAGUCGCAGGAACUUCAUAGAGCUGAUGAUGAGCAGUUCUCCUCAGGUGCGGAGGUCUCUGAUCAGUCGAGGUUCACGCAUCCGGGACUCCAUAAAGAGCGAAGGAGACUCUGCAUCGAUCCUCUCCUCAGUGUCAGACUGCGGCUCAGUGACCCUGGACCCUCUGGAGCACGAGUGGAUGCUGUGCGCCUCUGACGGCCUGUGGGAGAGCCUGCAGCCCCUCCUCGCUGUGGAACCCAGCCUCGUCGCCAAGAGAGACUUUGUGACGGGCUUCACCUGCCUCCACUGGGUGGCGAAGCAGGGUAAAGCUGAGCUCCUCUCCCAGCUGCUGGGCUUCGCAAAGGAGAACUCAAUACCUGUGAAUGUAAACGUGAGAUCAAGUGCUGGAUACACACCGCUACACCUGGCAGCCAUGCAUGGACAUACACAGGUGGUCCGUGUGUUGCUGUCAGACUGGGAGGCGGACCCUGAGGCUCGAGACUACAGCGGGAGGCGGGCCAUCCAGUACUUGGCCCCGCCCAUUGCCGCUGACCUGCAGCAGGAGGGAGUGGUGACCUCACCGGGUGCUGAGUCGGACAAUGAAAACACUAACAAAGGUAACAGCGGAACACGUGGAUGGCGGUUUCCCAGAGUCCUUCAGGGCAAUCUGAACCCACUGCGGCUCCUGAACUCACCUGCUGAGGAGGAGGGGGCCGGGAACGGGAAGAACAAGGGGGGGAUGCAGAGGAAGUCGUCUCUGAGCCGGCUGAACGCACGGCUGCACCGCGGACGCCACCGAGCCCAGAUCAUCCACAGCACCUCCUUCAGGGACACGGGGGAGGUGGGGAGGGGGGAGGAGCUCGCCAGCAGCCCCAUCCGAACCCGCCCACUGUCCAACCUGUUUGGAUAAAGUAACACAACUCUGAGAUAUAGUGCGUUGAUUUACAAAAUACAGUUUACUCACCUUUUAUAAGCUGACAGGUCAGACCUUUCUAGACCAAAUUAACCGCACACAUACUAAGUUUUAUUAUUAUAGUAUUUUUAUGUUUAUCUAAAAAUCUAACUUAUUUUUGUUUUUAUUGCAGUAAUCAGGCCGAGGUUGAUGAUCACUGAGGGCAGGUGACAGUUUAUGUAGCAUUUGAUUUGCUACAACAAUUCAUUGAGCAACUACUCUUUGAAUUCCUUUUGAAUUUUUUGGUUUUAGUUUUUCUUUUUCAUUAUUUCUUAGGCUCGGUUGAAGAGCAGGUAGCAAACAUGAAACCAUUUUUUGUACACUUUACACUAGAAAACUGUUCACACAAAUGCAACAGGAUUGUAUCACGUUUUCACUUUAAGUUUGACUCCACAUGGUGAGGGUUUUUGUUAUAGCACUUAGGUUCGAUUCAACACACUAAUCCAAACUAUUAUUUAGUGUGCAGAUGAAAGUAAUAUAUUCAUACAACACAUUCCUAUAUUUCAACCUCUUUUGCCUGAGUGGUGCUGGUUUUUUAAAACACAUUUCAAGAAUGUGAAUUUUUAUUUUUAAGUACCAGAUUUUAGUAUUUGUAACCAGAGAACUCCAAUGUAUGUCCAAACUGCCAUGUUCAGUCGUCGCGUUUGCACUCGUCACUUUGAAGAUGGUUUGUGAUUAUGGGAGGAAACUGCUCAAACUAAACCAGAUGUUAUUGGUCUGAUAUCAUGCUGAUAGGUUCAUAUUGUACAUGAUAGAAAAGGGUGAUCAAAUGUUACACUUCUAGAUUAAUAAUGCACUGUGUAUAUAUAUACACUACAAUUUAAUUUGUAUUAUACAUUUCCGAACAGCUGAUCAAUAGUUUACAUCAAAAGAAAGCUGCCAUGGAUUUACUUGGAUCCAAUUACUAUGAAGACAAUGAUCAGUUACACUUUAGGACUGUUUCACUGGGUUAGCACAUGAUGUGGGUUUUCUACUGACUAUAAUGUACCUCAAAUCCUCUGAGUCUGGUUAACUCAUUGUUACAUUGCUUCUUUGUGGGGGAGUUUAACAGUAUGGGUGUUUAAUAGAAGUUGACAGUGUUUUUUUGCAAAUUCCCAAUUCUUACCAUUUACCAUUUUCAUCAGAAAGGAUAAUGUUUUGGAGCAAUUCAUGCAAAAAAAAGCAUCAAACUAAUCUGGUGAAAGGUUAUUCAGGUCUUUUCAUAGACAAACAGCAUAGCACUGCUUAGUUUGACAGUAAAUCCACAGUCAAACAAACUGAUGCUUCUUUACCACUCUGGAGCAGAUUUUAUAUUUAAUAAGUAGCCUGUAUCUUCCUCCUGUAUUGCUCUGCAUGUACACAAUCAUUCAAUCAUCAAUCAUGUCUGCAUCAUCUGUUGAUAGUAAAGAGUUCAGACCAGUAUAUGCUGUACUGUAUGUUAAGCUGAGGAGCACGUUGACUUUUUGACUGUUUUCCCAAAUAUGUGAUCCUUUCAUAUAUUUGAUUAUUCCUAGUCUUUAAGAAUGUUCCCUUAGUAUUUUGUAGCAUUUGUACUCAAACCAUGGGGCUUCAUGUUACUAUAAUGCUGACUCUUUUUUUGUAGAAAUGUAUGUAGCCUACUUUGAUGUCACUUUUUCAGAUGCAUGAAUAGGGGAAAACAUUAUUCUGUGCACUGAUCAUUUGUAUGUCUAUACUGUAGGUCAUUGUUCCGUCUUCUUUUUGAAAUACUGUGAAGUUAUUAUGUGGUGUGAAUACACUGUUACUGAGCCACUGUCAUCUUGUCUUUAUGUUUCAUCCUUGAAAAUGAAAUAAAGCAGUACUGGUUUGCAUAAAAGUCAGUGCUCUCCCUUUA